AUGAUCAUUGAUAGCAUACUGGUAUCUGGCCUCUGGGCGGUCUUGCUCGGAGUAAUUGUUUGGGCUCUCUACAUCACUGGAAGAGCAUACAUUGACCCUCUACGUGACAUCGAUGGGCCAUUUAUCGCAAGAUUCACCCGCCUUUGGUAUCUCAAGAAGAUAUUUGAGGGAAAAUUCGAGCUAGUCAAUGUUGCGCUUCAUAAGAAGUACGGCCCGGUGGUUCGAAUAGCACCCAAUGUCUACUCAAUUGAUGACCCGGGGUGUGCGAAAACAUUAUAUGGACAUGGAAGCAAGUUUGUCAAGGCUUCCUGGUACUCGGCAUGGAUGCCACUAGACAUCAAUAAAGCCUCCCUCUUCGGAGAUACUGAUCCACACCAUCAUGCUCUGCAAAGACGCAAAUUUGCUUCAUCAUAUUCGAUGACUAGUCUCGUUGGAUACGAGCCAUUCGUCAACAACUGCACGAAAGUAUUCACAAACAGACUUUCUGAAAUUGCAAAACUGGACGAAACGAUAGAUCUCGCUCAUUGGUUCCAAUGUUAUGCUUUUGAUGUCAUUGGGAAAAUAACAUUCGGUCGCCGUUUCGGGUUCCUGGAUUAUAGUACAAGAACUGACGUAUUUGAUGCUAUCGACACACGCAAUCUUUAUAGCACCUUUGUCGGAUUGUUUCCUUCUUGGCUGCAUCGUAUGCUGUUCCCUCUACUACCCACAACUGGAGGUCACGGCUAUGUGGGUAAGUAUACUAUGGAUGAGAUUGCCUCCCGCGAAAGUCUGCUCAAAAGUCCAGAUGUCAAGGAGCGUGAGGGAAAACCAGACUUUGUAUCCAGGUUCUUCCAGAUACGCGAAGAGGACCCGGAAAAUAUGACCAAGACGGACAUUUUCACCAUGUGUCAAAGCAACAUUGGGGCUGGAAGCGAUACAACUGCUAUAUCCCUCUCGGAGAUUGUGUACAACUUACUGAAACACCCGGAAACCUACACACGACUCAAAAAAGAAAUUGACGAGGCUGCCUCUCAGGGAAAGAUAGCAGAUCCUAUUUCAUUCAAGGAAACUCAAGAGUUACCCUUUCUCCAAGCUGUUAUCAAGGAAGCACUAUGGUUGCACUCGGCGACAGGACUACCCCUAGCUAGAGUUGUACCGGAAGGGGGUGCAAUGUUUGCAGGGAAACAAUUUCCGGCGGGUGCUACAGUAGGCAUCAAUUCAUGGGUCGCACACCGGAACACAAACAUCUUUGGAGCAGAUGCCGAUAGUUGGCGGCCAGAGAGAUGGCUUGACGAGCAUAGUAAUGACGUUGCUGAAAUGGACCGGUACUUUCUAGCAUUUGGUUUAGGGAGUAGAACCUGUCUCGGGAAAAAUCUGAGUAUGUUAGAGAUGAGUAAGCUGAUACCACAGUUGUUGAGAACUUUUGACUUUGUUCUUGAUGAAAAGCUUCGGUUUAAGGAUUGGGAUACUAAAAAUCGAUGGUUUGUGAAGCCACAAGAUUUCUAUGUGAAAGUAGCUCGCCGCUAG